AUUUCGUGCCUCUAUAUAAAGUGGCUGGGCUGGUGCAUAAGAUCAUAUCUCACAAACAAAUUAUGAUGAUGGCAAAUACCAAACGCUCUCCAGUAUCAGCAUUGCUGAUAUUAGUGUUAUCGGUAGGCUUGCUAGCUUCUUCUAUUGAAGCCAACUUCGACCCAAUUGGUAUUGAUAGCCUUCAUUUCCCACCUGAUUUCUAUUUUGGAUCAGCUGUCGCUGCUUAUCAAGUUGAAGGAGCACACAACAAAAGCGGUAAAGGACCCAGUAUCUGGGAUACAUUUACGCAUGAGUUUCCAGAAAGAAUUGAUGAUGGAAGCAAUGGAGAUGUUGCUGUCGACUUUUAUAACAAGUACAGAGAAGAUAUCAGGCUAAUGAGUAAAGAGGUUGGAAUGAAUGCUUUCAGGUUCUCCAUUUCAUGGCCGAGAGUGAUCCCUAGUGGAAGAGUUUCUGAAGGAGUAAAUGAAGAAGGGAUUGCAUAUUACAAUAGAGUCAUCGAUGAAGCAAAAAGGAAUGGAUUGGAGCCAUUUGUGACCAUAUUCCAUUGGGAUGUUCCUCAAGCUCUUGAAGACAAGUAUGGUGGCUUCUUGAGCUCUAGAAUAGUGGGUGAUUUCAAGGAUUUCGCAGAACUUUGCUUUGAAAGAUUCGGGGACCGAGUGAAGCAUUGGAUAACACUGAAUGAACCAUAUGAGUUUAGUAUGGGAGGGUAUGAAGCUGGUAAUUCUGCACCAGGGAGGUGUUCGCAAUGGGUGAAUAAGGCAUGCCUCGAAGGAGACUCAUCCACUGAACCUUAUAUCGUCGGCCAUCAUCUCAUUCUCGCUCAUGCUCAGGCCGUCAACUUGUACAGGACAAAGUACCGGAAUUUAGGUGGCACAAUUGGAAUAACUCUCGAUGUGACGUGGACACUACCUCUUGUUAACACCAGCUUGGAAGAUGAUCGAGCUUCGAAGCGCAGUCUUGAUUUCAAAUUUGGCUGGUUUAUGGAACCCAUAAACUUUGGUCACUAUCCAGAAUCGAUGAGGACUUUAGUUGGAGCAAGGUUGCCCCAAUUUUCGUGGGAGGAAAUCCAGAUGGUGAAAAGGUCCUACGAUUUUAUCGGCAUAAACUCAUACACUUCCACAUAUGUUUCUUCCAAUUUCACCCCUGACUCAAAUCCAGCCUGUAUUAGGGCAACAACUGAUACGCGUGCUGUUUUAACAUCACGCAAUACGGAUGGGGAGCCCAUAGGUGAACAGGGUACUCCACUCUGGUUGUAUGUGUAUCCACAAGGAAUCCUGGAAAUACUGAAGUAUACCAAAGAUACCUACAAUGAUCCAAUUAUUUAUAUCACUGAGAACGGAAUCGGUGAUGCCCUGAAUCUCUCUCGUCAAGAAACACUUAACGAUGACUGGAGGGUAAAGUACCAUCAAGAUCAUCUUACAUAUAUCCGUCAAGCCAUUUGUGAGUUCAAGGUUAGGGUGAAAGGUUAUUUUGCUUGGACAUUCAUGGACAACCUUGAAUGGGCAACCGGAUUUAGUGUAAGGAUGGGGUUGUACAGCGUUGAUCGCAGCAGCAAAGAAUUGACAAGAACUCCAAAGGACUCGGCCUUGAGUUUCCAGAACUUCCUGAAAAACUUUCGUCAGGGUAAGGGUAAUGGCGGCGGUCCUAUUCCUGAGGAAGAUUAUUGCUCAAGACCCUUGCUUAUGAAUUCCCAGGUUCCUGCAGAUGGUGCUGGCACCAACACCAAGGUUGAUCAUGAUGAGCUCUAAUCAAAUAUGGAGUAGUAGUAUGUUAGUAUUGAGUCAAUAAUAAGUUGCUAAGUUUCUGUCCAUUCCACCUGCAUGGUGUGCUUCACACUACAAAUAAGUAAUGGGUUUGGAACAGAUUUAGCACAGACCUUUACCAAAGGUUUGGUAAGGCCAUGGCAAUUCCCUUGUCUUUUGUAGUCUACUUUGACUGUAGUCUGUUAUGUUUCGAUUAGGUAAUAAUGUAUUGUGUGUAUGUGGAUGUAGUAACUCUUUCCAUCUAGCGAACUGUUUAUGUGAUCAACCCAAUUAUCCUGUGUUUUAUGACAAUAAGUAUCAGUUUCUAUCAUACUAGAAAUGGGAUUCGGAAUAAUU